GUUCAAUUCAACAACACCACACUUCUUCCUCUCCUUCCUGUUUGUUUUCCAAGUUUCCUUUCGGUCUGCAUUCAAAACUUAGAGUUAAAAGAAUUCAAUCGAAAACAUGGCCGGUGUUUGCUCUUUCAAUCUACUCCCCUGCCAAAACCCCUCACUCACGCGGUCACAGCGCCUUUUGGGUUCCAACAACUCUGUUUCGCCCCUCAAUUCCAUCGGAGUUAUUUCCAAGAAUCUGUCAGAGAGGUCGGUAUUCUCCCUCCGAGGACGUAGUCAUCGGGUGAGACCCGUCUUGAGGGUUCGAGAGGUCGACGACGAAUGGGGACCCGACAAGGAGGAGGAGGAGAAACCGGUGGGAGAGGGAGUAGCAGCUGCAACGGCAGUGGCCGAUAAAUCAGAGGAUCCCAGCGACAGCGAGAUUUAUAACCUGAAGAAAGCUUUGAUUGAUUCCCUCUACGGCACGGAUCGAGGGUUGAGGGCCUCCAGCGAGACCAGAGCAGAGAUCGUGGAGCUCAUCACCCAGCUGGAGGCCAAAAACCCAACUGCGGCUCCCACCGAGGCUUUGACUCUUCUCAACGGCAAAUGGAUACUUGCGUACACCUCUUUCGUGGGCUUAUUCCUGCUGUUCUCGAGAGGAACGCUGCCACUAGUAAAGGUGGAGGAGAUAUCUCAGAGCAUAGACUCAUCAAACUUCACUGUCGAGAAUGUGGUCCAAUUCGCUGGGCCUUUGGCCACCACAACCUUGAGCACCAAUGCCAAGUUUGAGAUCCGAAGCCCCAAGCGCGUCCAGAUCAAGUUCGAGGAAGGCAUAAUCGGGACUCCCCAAUUGACCGAUUCCAUCGAGAUACCAGAGAAAGCGGAGUUUCUAGGGCAAACGAUCGAUCUGACACCCUUGAAGGGGUUGAUCAGCUCGGUGCAGAACACAGCGUCAUCGGUUGUGAAGUCCAUCUCCAGCCGACCACCGCUGAAGAUCCCAAUCUCCAACACAAAUGCAGAGUCGUGGUUGCUAACAACAUACCUGGAUGAUGAACUCCGUAUCUCAAGGGGGGAUGGCGGUAGUGUCUUCGUCCUCGUCAAGGAAGGCAGCUCCCUCUUGACAUCACUCUAAAUCUAAACAUUUCUUUUGUCAACAAUACAUUUUUAGAGCUUUUUUGAUACAGAUAUGUAUUACGAAUAUGGUUUUUUAUUUACUAUUAUCAUACACACAAUAGUGAAUAACGCAUUCAAGUUCUUGCUAGCA